GCCCUUGAACCUCGGCGACCAAUGACGCUGCACUCUCGCCGGUAGCCUGAAAUCACGUGAUUCGCAUGCCGGCAGAGCAGGUCACGCGCAGGGUAGAAGCCGGGAGCCAAGAUGGAGGAGUAUGCGCGUGAGCCGUGCCCCUGGAGAAUAGUGGAUGACUGUGGGGGUGCCUUCACAAUGGGAGCCAUUGGUGGUGGGAUCUUUCAAGCCAUCAAAGGAUUCAGAAAUUCCCCAGUGGGUGUAAAUUAUCGAUUGCGAGGUAGUUUGACAGCAGUUAAAACCAGAGCACCACAGUUGGGAGGUAGCUUUGCUAUCUGGGGAGGCCUCUUUUCCAUGAUUGAUUGCAGUAUGGUGAAAGCAAGAGGAAAAGAAGAUCCUUGGAACUCCAUCACCAGUGGUGCCUUAACAGGAGCCAUAUUAGCUGCAAGAAAUGGACCAGUUGCCAUGGUUGGGUCUGCAGCUAUGGGAGGAAUUCUUCUAGCUUUAAUUGAAGGAGCAGGUAUCUUAUUAACAAGGUUCGCAUCUGCACAAUUUCCAAAUGGCCCUCCAUUUACAGAAGACCCCUCUCAGUUGCAGCCCUCCCCUUUUGGAGACUACCGGCAAUAUCAGUGAUUUCUUGUAUUCUUCUAUUCCAUUUUGUCACUCUUAAAAGAACAAGCAUCAGUUGAAGACCUUUCAUUGAAUGUGCACACCUAGAUGUUCAUGCAAGUGUUUUUCACAUCAUCCACAAAUAGCCAAAGUCUUCCUGUAAAGCGGAUGCAGGAUAUUCAGUGUAGCUCCUUUUAAGUUAUGUACUAAGACAAGAAGACUAACCAGAGUAUUGCGUCAUCUUGGAUGCAACUGCAGAAAGAACUGAACCCAUGUGAUUUUCAGUAAUGGCACUGAGCGUACUGAUGCCAUUGACUUUAGACCAACAGUGCAUUGAACCAAAUAUCUAAAGGCACCAUGCAAGAAACAAACUGUAGGUGUCUCAAGUAGAAGGCAGAAAAGGAGCACACGGACUAAAUAAACAAGCCAAGACAACUGAGGUGGGCUGCUUUUUGCUUUUAUAUCAGGCUAGUUGGAAUGAAGGACUUAUCGGGAAAGCUGUGUGAAAUCCUCUGAAACAUUACAGGAAUGCUUUUCUCACUUCAUAGUAUAACAAAGUAUACUACAUAGUAAACUGACUUUCUUGGAAGUUGUCCUAGGCCGCAAGACUACACAGCUUUGAUUCCUGUUCAAUCAGAUAAAGUAACUUGCAAACAAAGUCCAUUCCAGGGGUCCCCAACCUUUCUGAUCUUGUGGGCACAACCACAAAUAGGAAGGCCAAGGGAAAAAAGAGGGGUAAUUAAAGAAAAUACACUGGGGGAGAGAGGUGAUAAAAUCACCUUUGCAGUGGCAGCUGCCAAUAAGACAGUAUUAUUUUAGCCUACAUAGAGGCAAAAUAGCAGCUCUGUCUACUGGGCAGGAGCCCAUACCUCCUCAUAAAAAUACUUGACUGUAACCACGUUAGGAACCCCUGGUCUAUUCAGUCUUUCUCCCCCAAGUUUCCAGUCCACUGACUGCUUUUGUAACUGGUUUUCCAAACAUCUUGCUGUUUUCAGUGGACAUUUUAGGUAAAUUAUGAAUCUGCCUGUUAUUAGUGAUGGCUAAGUCACUGUUCAAGGCAGGAAAAUAUCUCCUUUCCUACCCAUUGACAAUUCCAGGCAAUAUAUUGCUGACAUGGUACUCUUACCUAAAAAAUGACUGUUUUUGCAAAGAUGUAUGCUUGUAAAAUGUGAUUGUUCAAUAAACUUAAUUACUGCUGCUAA